AUGAUGGCCGCCUAUCAACCCCAGCCCGGAGGCGGAGGGCAUCCGGGUCCUAUGCAUGGCCAUCCAGGCAUGGUGCCGACGCCGGGGGGACAUAUGGGACAACCAAUGCAGAUGCAUCCCGGCAUGUCUGGCGCACCGCACGUGAGCCAGCCUGGCGCAAUGGUUGGUAUGCAACCGGGAGCACAGAUGGGUCCCGGAGGCAUGGGCGGACAACACCACCCGGGCAUGGCCAUGCAGCAUGUGGGUGGUCAGAGUGUACCGGGAGGAAUGCCCAGCGCACAGGCCAUGAGCCAUUUGACACCGCAACAGAUGAUGCAGCAGCAAAUGCAAGCUCAAAGUAAGUUCUGUCCGCAGUGAGUGCAGUGCGCGUAUCCCAGAGGAUGGCUGCUUGGGUGUCUUGCUAGUGCUGCGCGAUGUGGAUACGCUCCAGAGCACUGCCUUAAACAAAAUGGAAACAGUGACUGAUAUGGAUUUCAUAGUACAAGCGCAAGCGAACCCACAACUAGCUCAGCAACAGCACAUGAUGCGUCUGCGGCAACAACAGAUGAUGCAGCAAGCCCAGCAAAAUGGCAUGAUGAACAUGCAGCAUGGCAUGCAACUAACACCCCAGCAGAUGGCUCAGCUACAACAACAUCAGCAGCAGCAGCAGCAACAAGGAGGACAGGGCGUCCAGCUUCCUCAGCAUUUGCAAAUGCAGCAAAUCGCUCUCCAGCAACAGAGAAUGCACGCGGCGCAAGUACAUCAACAAGCCCAGCAAAAUCAGGCCAUGCAGCAGCAAAUGCAAAUGCAGCAACAGCACUCUCAGCAAAGCAAUCAAGGUCAGCCGACGCCGCAGAAUCCCCAGGGCCAGCCAAACAAUCCACAGCAAAUGCGACCGCAGUCCAGGAUGGCAAACCCGAACGAACAGUCUCAACCCGCACAACAGCAACAUCCUCAGCAGGGACAAGGUCAGCAGGGCCAGGCUCAACCUCAGCAGACACCACAGCAAGGACAACAGGGAAAUCCGCAACAAGGCCAGCAGCAGGUGACGAUGCAACAACGGAAUCAGCAUAUUGCCAUGAUGCAACACAACCAGCGAUUGCAGCAGCAACGCGCUAUGGCGCAAGCCCAGGCCCAACAAAACCAAGCGGCGCAGCAAGGAGGCAUGUUCAUAUUGAGAUUAAUGAGCUUCAACGACCACCUAAGCAACUUCAACGAAACCAACGGAAAGGACAUAUCGAUCUGGCAUGAGUUCGUGGAACGGCAUUUCGCAAACGAGGGGCGUCUGAUUCACAGCUUUGACAACAGCCAAAAUCCCGCCGGCAACAGCAGAGGCAAGAUCUUCGAAGUCUUACGGCCAACAAUAGCGCGAUAUUUCUGGACAUAUUUUGAUUCUGGUGCGAGCUCCAUACGACUGCACACGGAGCGAGCGCGAGAGGUCCCCCAUCCCAGUGGUAGCCACCAGGUAGUUUGUCAGCACGCCAUCUUCUCCGUGUCGUACCCGAACGGAGCUCGUCUGGAGAUGCUCGGCUCGCUGCAAAUACUAUUUGCCGCUGGCAGUGACUCCAUCGAAUGCUUACAAUUCACGACGACGGGAACGGAGGAGAUACUGUCAAGGUCACAAAUCGAAAAGGUGCUCAAUGAGUGGUCACCGUCAAUGCCGACGAAAUCGCCCAAGAUGGCCAAGAACAAGCUGCCGAAGGCUCAGCAGAAGAUGCAGGAAGAGCAGAAUCGACUGACAAUGGAUCACUUUCCCAAGACGCCCAAAGGUACCUUCGGAAUUACCUCCAAAGUGCAGCAUUUCCUCGAGGUGAGCGACGGGAUCCGAAGACCCGACUGAUGCAUUUGUCUUGGCCAAUCGAUCUAACGGAUAUACAGAUUGGCGAGACCAUGAACCUGAUGUCAGACCUGAUGUGGUAUUCGAUUGAGAAGAAGACACGGCCCGAACAAGCAUUAGAGUCAUUGAAUGCACAAUACGACUCGCAGAAUGGCCAAGCUGGUCAGCAAGGCGGCGGCAAUGCGCAGAUGAAUCUUCCGCCGAACGGAGUGCCGCAGCAGGGCGCGAGAACACCGAGCAUGCAGAACAUGCAGAUGCCCGGUCAGAACGGGCAACAGGGCAAGUUUUCGUCGCCUUCCGUCUCGAACAUGAACCUGCCAAUGCAAAACGGCAUGAGCGGCUCGCCACAUCCCGGCAAUCUGAGUGCGCCGAACAUGAGCAUGUCGAAUUCCCAUACACCUUCACCGCACCUAUCGAACAUGGCCGCGCCGCACAUAAUGCCUCAACACAGCCAGCAAGGGACGAAUAGCAGCGUCGCCAGCGCCAACACGAGCCCGAAUAUGAACAACAACAACAAACGGAGACGAAGCACCGUCAAGACCGAAGGUCAAGACGGCGAGGGAGCGGACGGCGGCAAUCCGAACGCCAACCGUGUCAAGCCCAGUCCGAGGAUGACCAAAAAGGCGAAACCCUGA